AGAGAAGGAAUACCGAACCAUGAAUCCCGUAAAAUUAACUUCUUUCCUAUAAAUAUACAUAAUAUGAUCUAAUGUACAGAGAAAGAAAUUGAUUCUUUGCAAUUGUUUGUCUUUCUCUUGUAUGUUUCGGGGCACAUAUAUAUAUAUAUACACCUCUGUGUUACUUACACCUACCAGUUGGGCCACAUGGUGUUUCAUCAACUCAUAUUCCUAACCUCCGUUACCAUAUCUUUAAGCCUCUUUUUGAUUCUCCAAACUUGUUCUGCUGAAAAAGGCUUGAAUUCGUCAAAACCAUGUUAUGAUAAUCUGUUGAGAGACCAGAUUGUGGGGUUGGCUAAUGAUCCCAGAACGGUUAAAUGGAUGAAGAGCAUAAGGAGAAGAAUCCAUGAGAACCCAGAACUUGCCUAUGAAGAGGUUCAAACUAGUGAGCUCAUUAGGCAUGAGCUUGACCUACUUGGCAUACCGUACCGAUGGCCCGUGGCUCGAAUUGGCGUGGUUGCUACUAUUGGGUCUGGUUCUCCACCCUUUGUUGCUCUUAGAGCAGACAUGGAUGCCUUGCCUCUUCAGGAAUUGGUGGAAUGGAAGCACAAAAGCAAAAAGGAUGGCAAAAUGCACGCCUGUGGCCACGAUGCUCAUGUCACCAUGCUCCUUGGUGCUGCAAAGAUACUUAAACAACUUCAACAUGUUUUACAGGGGACUGUAGUUCUUAUAUUCCAACCAGCUGAGGAACGAGGAGUGGGUGCCAAGGACAUGAUGAAUGAAGGGGUACUGGAUAAAGUAGAGGCCAUCCUUGGCUUACACAUAUCAACUUCCUUUCCAACAGGUUCUGUUGCAGCAAGGCCUAGAGAGUUUCUAGCUGGCUGCGGUAGCUUCAAAGCAACAAUUAGCGGUAAAGGCGGUCACGCCGCUAUUCCACAACAAUCUAUUGAUCCAAUUUUGGCAGCUUCAACUUCAGUAAUUAGCUUGCAAAGCAUAGUCUCUAGAGAGAUAGACCCUUUAGAUUCACAGGUAGUGUCUGUGGCUAUGUUUCAAGCAGGGACCACCUUUAAUGUUAUCCCUGACUCAGCUACAAUAGCCGGUACUUUCAGAGCUUUCAGCAAGAAAAGCUUCAAUGCUCUAAGGGAAAGAAUAGAAGAGGUCAUCAAGGGUCAAGCAGCUGUACAUCGAUGUUCUGCUGGGAUUGACUUCUUUGGGGAGGGUCAAACUAGUAUUCCACCAACUGUAAAUGAUGAGAGAGUUUAUGAACAUGUUAUGCGAAUUUCGAGUGAAAUAGUGGGAGAAGAGAACACAAUAUUAUCCCAUACCUUUAUGGGAAGUGAAGAUUUUGCUUUCUACUUGGAAAAAGUUGCUGGUUCUUUCUUGUUUUUAGGCAUUAAAAACGAAAAGAUAGGAGCUGUUUAUUUACCACAUAGCCCAUACUUUAUUGUAGAUGAAGAUGUGCUUCCCAUUGGGGCAGCAGUACAUGCAGCUUUUGCUGUUUCAUACCUCUCAGUUUCAACCACCAAGUUACAUUCACAUUACUAGUUUACUAUACAAUUAGAUAUGUAUAUUUCUGAAAUAUCUUUUAUAUGUUUUUGUCUUUCUUCUUAAUCUAGUUGGCAAAAAGGUAUUAUAUUGUGUGCUUGUA